AGGAGAGAAUGCUAGGUAUUAUUUUAGCAGUGGCUUGCCACUUUAUCUCCCCCAAACAUAGUUUCCUCUCCAUCUGAGCACCGCUUCCUCUCCCCCUAAUGUCAUUUGAAAGAGUAAGUGGGAUGUUGUGUGUUAGUGAGAGAGAAUACGCCGUUCAGUGGUCUAAAUGUUUGGUCUUUAGUUGUGGCUUUCAGAGAAAGUGAGCGAAUCAGCUGGUGUUUGAGAGGGGAAGUAGGGGGAGUGUUUGUCUGUUCCUUUUUUCCUGCACUAGGAAUCUGGUCAGAGCCUCAGGCUGCCUCAUUACAGCUAAAUGACCGCCAACCUUCAUUCAUAUGACCGCUUAACCGUUAAGGUCCUGAUAAAAACUGACCACUCAGAGCAGAUGCAGACCUCAGGGUUAUCCUGUGGCUUAAGGUUUCUUUUGAGGGCAAAAUGCUGAUUGUUUAAACCUGAACUUCACCUUGAACCUCAGGCUGACAUAUUGCUAACAGGCUUGGAUUGGAUUCAUCUUGGAUUAUCUUCCUCACUGUGAAGUUGUAUUAAGUGUUCAGACGCAGUGUGCCACUGAUCCGUCCCCACUCUUGGAACCUGACGAAGCUGUCUGAGGCUCCCUGCACUACAGGCACUGCUGACGCCUCAGAUGGGCCCCCGGCUAUGCAGCUCCACCUCACACCUUUCAGUGUACCUUGGCACUCUGGGGGUGACAACAGUGAGCUGUCCAUGCAGUGGGGCCAUAUCUCCAGGCACUACAGCACAGACCGCAGCAGCUCAAUAGGGAGUAUGGAGAGUCUGGAGAAUCCGCCUAACCAGGGAUCCUAUGACAGUCAGCUCUCUCCCAUUGAUCCUGUCAUCUUUAACAACAAACGUGACUCCGCUUACAGCUCCUUCUCUGCCAGCUCAAACACAUCAGAUUAUACUGUCUCUGUGAAGCCUGAGGAGAUCAACUCGAUGGACAGCCUCCUCCAGGGUCUGGGUUCUUCUUGCAGGUAUCCAGGCAGAGGGCAACAUUCUGCCCAAAGUGGCCAUGGAGGCAUGCAGGAUCAGAGUGAAAGCCUUAAAUCCAAGAUACUGUCUUACAGACCCGAAGCUAAAGUUCGGCCGUCUUCCUACAGUUGUGAGGAGGAGCAUUGUGCACCACCGCAGCCACCCAUGAGGAAGGGCAAUUUCAGGGCUACCAGAGGCAUCACAGAUAAACGCUGUGUAUCUGCUCCUGUUGGCAUUCCAAGUCUAACCAGCUGCAUGGUUGAAAAGCAACCCCCAAUUCAGGAAGUGUUGACUGGCAAUGUUUACCUGAAUGGAAUGCAAGACAAUGAGCAAGACCUUAAAGGGAAAAUUAUAGAGCCUUAUUACACCUUUAACUCUCAGAGAGAAUCGGGUAGAGAAAGCAAGGCAAGAGAAGGUGAGAAAAACCACUUAGAAAACCAAUCAAAAUCUGUAGAGAGGUCUCCACUUCCUUUGAGUCCCUUUUUAAAAAGGAAUAGUGAUGAGCACUUUGAUACCCAGCUACAACCAGAAAGUAGUCUCCAACCAGCAAUGCACCGUCAUAGCGCCCCUGAAAAACUUCUAGCUUCUCAGCUGCGUAUGAUGGAUUUUUCAAGUGACAAAAGUGACCGCUCUGACUCUCCCACUUGCCAGUGGUCACAGUCUCCGCUGUAUAUGCGUGAGGCCAGCCCAGAAAUGGCUCAGGUUAAGUGGGCAGCAAGCAGGUGUUCCACGCCUGGUUCAUUGGCAACUUCAGAACUUGAGGAUCCUGGAUUAGAGGAAGAAACACUUGAAUCUGGACAAAAUCUAUGGGGGCAGUCUAUAAAUGUGUCUGGAAAUCCUGUGGGGAUCCCUGGACAUGGCUCCACCACCAACUCUCAGACCCUUUUGCAGAACUUUGGGCCUCUAAGUGCUACAGUUUGUGUGGACACUCAUAUUAAUGAGAAUGGUGGAGGAGAAUUGAGGGUGGAUGAUGGCAAUGUCACAAAACAGUCACAGAAGCGGCAGUUCCGCACCUCCAAGUCACGUCGUAGAAGUGAGCGAUUUGCCACGAACCUGCGGAAUGAGAUCCAGAGGAAGAAGGCCCAGCUUCAGAAGAGUAAAAGCCCAAGCGGUCUACCCUGUGGUGAGGAGACAUUGGAGGAGGAGCAGGUGGGAGAUGUUAACAUGGAGCCAGUUUCCCCCCCAGACAACCAUCAACACAGAGACCAAACUCUCACAAGUCCUCUUACUAACCCUCCAACUGCCUCCAAACAGGCACCUCAAGUUCCAUCCCAUGAUACCACACAAGCUAAAGAACAUUCCAGAACCAUGGUUAUGAACUGCCAGACUUCUCAAACUCAACCCCAGAUCUCUCAGCAUAGAAGACCAGUGUGUGUACAAGUUGUGGAGGAGAUGGCACCUGCAGGCAAACCACGGCGAUGGCGCUGGACGCCAGAGCACAAGCUCCAACCAGAAACGGAGCCCACUGAGAGUAAGAAGAAUGAGACUAAAGGAUCAAUAUGGUCUGGAAAAACAGGAACGACAAGAGGGAGAACAAGUUCCACUAGUGGUUAUUUAGGUCGAUCAGAUGAGUGUGAUAUUCUUCCUUUUGCAGACCGCAGAAGAUUUUUUGAGGAAUCUAGCAGGAAGUUGAGUCAGUCUGUAACAAAUUUAUCAAGCCUGACAAGCCGAAAUCAGAGGCCAGAAAAGCAGAGUAGACGAAACAAUCCAUCCUCACCUGAACCACUUGAGUUAGCCACUAACCUGGGCCGGAGGAGGUUCUCUUAUCAGGGUGUGGUGCAAGAAGGGCCCUACGUCAACGCACUGGACACUAGGGGACACUUUAUGAGUACCUAUCACGACCAAGAAAAAGCGAGGGAAAGGCUGAUAGAGAGAGAGCGAGAGAAAGAACAAGAGAGGGAGAGGAAAAUAGAGCAAGAGAGAAUUAAAGAGCUAGAGAGACUUCAAGAACAAGAAAGGCAUAAGGAUUUGGAGAAGGAACGAGAGAGGGAACUGGAAAGAUUAAGGGAGGAGAAGGAAAAAGAGCAACAAAGGGUAGAAGAUUGGGAAGAGAGACAGAGACUGCUAAAGAGAGAAAAAGUAUGGGAGUCAGAGAGAGAAUCCAUUCACUCAGAACACAAUAUUCGAAGUAACACGGUUCCUCAUUCUUUGUCUCAUGAUGCCUAUCGGAAGCAGCCUCCCAGUCCUCUGGAUCCUUCCUCUUUCCAGUCCUCUGAGAAUUACUGUAGCAACACUGCCACCAACAUCCAAAAGCCUUGCUCAGCGUUUCACCCAGUGACUGGCCAGCACAGCCAGUAUGAUGGCUACUACGUAAAUCCAUCCUACAAUGUCAGGAGUUACACCCCAUCAGAGGCCCAUCCAGCACGGGAGCGGGAACAAACAAAAAUAAAUAGGAAGUUCAGCCUGACGGAGAGGGACUAUUCUAGGUGUAGGAAAGACUCCAGGAUAGGAGAGGGUGCUGGUUGUCCUGGCUUUGUGGCUCAAUACAUCAACAGUGUUGCAGGUGGCAGCACUGAGGAGCAUCCAGGUCUAUUCUCACCCCUUAGAAACCGUGCUAUGUCAGAGAGUGACAUAAGUGUGAAGAAACAGGAUCGCCAUAAUCACAUUUCUAACACCAACAUGAGCAGAAUGCGUGCAUCCACUCUCAGCGAGCUGGAUGAGAAUAGAGUAUGUGUAGGUGAGGUGAAGAAGAAAAAAGUUCCUCCACCUCCUCGUCCACCACCCCCAAAAUGGGAGCAGUUUCACAAGAGGCGGGCUUCCCACCACAACCUCUUCUCCUCUCAUCCACUCGUUUCCUCACCAUCUUCAUCUCCACCUUGGCCACAGCAGUGUACAUCCCGCCCCCCCAGUGUGCCUGAAAUGACUCGUCAGUGCUCUUAUAGUCUUCCUCCAAAGGAUGUCCCAGAGAACCAUCACUGCUGCUGCCAGGACUACUCAGCAGCUCCUCCCAGCCCUGCCUUCGUGUGCCGGGCUUUUAAACCUGUAGCCCCGGCUGCAAAAGAUAGGGACAUAGCCCCUCAGAGUUAUGACAUGAGAAGAGAGUUUGAUCAACCUUUGCCACAGCCUGAACCAUCCACAAGUUUCAGAGUACUUGUCCAUACUGCCACAGUGUCAGAACAUGAGCCUAAAGCCAUGGUAAAGGCCAACUUUCAUGAGCACCGAGUAGAGUGGGAUAGGUCCAGUCCUCACCACUCUGUUGCACAGAGCACUUCUAGGUUUGUUGAAGUCCCAGAGAAAAGCUCAUCAGCUGGGCCUGUGUGUCCUGAAUCCUAUUUCUCCAUGAACAACUACCAUUUGCAUCCACAGCAAGCAGGCAUCCCUGGCACAGCCCACAAAAAACAUAUUUCCUCUCACAGUCCAAGUGGUGGUGAGGAUGGAAACAUGCCCUUGGAGACAGACAUCGAUGAGAUCUGUGAGAAUGAGCGAGCAGGAGAGGUAGAAACAAGGGAAGCAGAGGGCAGGAUGGAGAUGAAGGGUUUUGCAAGACCAGUUAUGGUGCUGGAAACAGACAUUGACAACAUGCCUGAGGAAAAGGCUCCAUCAGCAAGAAUUAUUAGAGGACCGAGGGGUUCCCUGGUGGACUUCAUUUUAGAGGAGGAUUAUGGUAUAACUAGGAAGGAGCUGAUAGGAGAGUUAUUUCCCCAAAGUGCAGAGAUUGGGAUGGGUGGAGAGAGCUGGAGAGGAGGCUACCCAAUCAGCGGAGGCACUCUCGAAAGGCCUUCUAAAAUGGCAACAUCCACAGCUCAAGCCUCACGGUCAAUCUGCUAUGACACAUCAACUGACAACUCCCAACUUCUUGCCAAGAUCAGAGAGAUCUCAGAGAGAAAAGAAGAGGAGGAAGAACUCAAUUAUAAGAAGCAGCUGAUGGAGAGUCUUUGUAAAAAGCUGGGUGUCCUGCGUGAGGCACAGAGGAGUUUGCAAGAGGAUAUUCGGGCCAAUGCCCAACUGGGAGAGGAGGUGGAGAGCCUGGUGCUCGCUAUCUGUAAGCCCAAUGAGGUGGACAAGUAUCGUAUGUUCAUUGGUGACUUGGACAAGGUGACCAGUCUGCUGCUCUCACUUUCUGGAAGGCUGCUCCGGGUGGAAAGUGCCUUGGACUGUGUGGACCCAGAGAGUGGACACGGCGAGAGGCUACAACUGCUGGAAAAGAAAAAACAGCUCCUGGUGCAGAUGGGAGAAGCUCAGGAGCUCAAAGAACAUGUGGACCGGCGUGAGCAGGCUGUUGGAAUGGUGUUGGGUCGUUGCCUAACCCCAGAACAGAUGCGUGACUACGGUCACUUUGUGAAGAUGAAAGCAGCUCUUCUGGUAGAACAGAGGCAACUGGAUGACAAGAUCAGACUUGGGGAGGAACAGCUCAGGGGACUCCGAGAAAGCCUUGGCCUGGGUCUGGGGGUCGGUCUGGGGUUCGGGCAUUACUGAGAAGUGGUUUGAAAUACAAGUGUUAUUUUAAGAGGACAAAAUGCUUUUGUGAAUGUGUAUAUAAUGGGACUGAAAUGACGUUGUACUGCAAUGUGGCCAAGAAUGGAUAUUACAAUGAAUUUUCAAUACCGAGCACAACAGCCAUAGUAGAUUGAACUUGGACUGAUGGUUGGAUUUUAAAUCAUUAACUUCACAAAUAAAAUUACAUCACUACUUGAAGUUGUCUAUAAGGACUUCACUGCAGCUGCACUAAUAACCGUUCAGCAAAAUUAAGUUAACCUCAGACACUAUUCUAAACCGCCAAAGAAUUUGUGUGCGCAUGUGUGUGCUUAUUUUUUUCUUUGAACACAGCAGGGGCACUGCUAUUUAUUUAUUUAUGUGUGUUUAUUCACACACAUUAUAUGCAUCAGUCAAUUAAGCAGAGAAUCCUGGGUGCAAGGCCACAUUUCUUGAAGACAUUAAGAUAUAAUAAAAUAUUAACAUUCAGAUGUUAUAGACAACAAUUUGGCAACAACUAGCAGUCUGAUUUUAUUUCAUUACAAUGUUUGACUCAGUAAAUGUUGUUUAAAUAUCUUCUUUUUUUUUUUUUUUUAAAAAAACGUUUUUUUGUGAAGGAUUUCUAUGUGCUUUGAAUACAUAAAGUUGAAGUCAGAAGUUUACAUACAUCUAGCCAAAUACAUUUAAACUCAGUUUUUCACAAUUCGUGACAUUUAAUCGUAUAAAACAUUCCCUGUCUUAGAUCAGUUAGGAUCACUAUUUUAAGAAUGUGAAAUGUCAGAAUAAUAGAAGAGAGAAUGAUUUAUUUCAGCUUAAAUCACAUUCCCAGUGGGUCAGAAGUUUACAUACAAUUUGUUAGUAUUUGGUAGCAUUGCCUUUAAAUUGUUUAAAUUGGGUCAAACAUUUUGGGUAGCCUUCCACAAGCUUCUUACAAUACGUUGCUGGAAUUUUGGACCAUUCCUCCUGACAGAACUGGUGUAACUGAGUCAGGUUUUUAGGCCUCCUUGCUCGCACAUGCUUUUUCAGUUCUGCCCACAAAUUUUCUAUCGGAUUGAGGUAUGGGCUUUGUGAUGGCCACUUCAAUACUUUGACUUUGUUGCCAUUUUGCCACAACUUUGAAGGUAUGCUUGGGGUCCAAACAAAAUGAUCAUUAUGGCCAAAAAGUUCAAUUUUCUCCAAAAAUUAAGAUAAUUGUUCCCAUGUGCACAUGUAAACUGUAGUCUGGCUUUUUUUAUGGCAGUUUUGGAGCAUUGGCUUCUUCCUUGCUGAGCAGCCUUUCAGGUUAUGUCGAUAUAAGACUUGUUUGACUGUGGAUAUAGAUACUUGUCUACCUGUUUCCUCCAGCAUCUUCACAAGGUCCUUUGCUGUUGUUCUGGGAUUGAUUUGCACUUUUCACACCAAACUACAUUCAUCUUUAGGAGACAGAAUGCAUCUCCUUCCUGAGCGGUAUGAUGGCUACGUGGUCCCAUGGUGUUUAUACUUGUGUACUAUUAUUUGUACAGAUGAACGUGGUACCUUCAGGCAUUUGGAAAUUGCUCCCAAGGAUGAACCAGACUUGUGGAGGUCCACAAUUUUUUUCCGAGGUCUUUGCUGAUUUCUUUUGAUUUUCCCAUGAUGUCAAGCAAAAGAGGCCUUAGUUUGAAGACUUGUGGAGUUUGAAGGUAGUCCUUAAAAUACAUCCACAAGUUCACCUCCAACUCAGUACACCUCCUAUCAGAAGCUAAUUGUCUAAAGGCUUGACAUCAUUUUCUGGAAUAUUCCAAGCUGCUUAAAGGCACAGUUAACUUAGUGUAUAUAAACUUCUGACCCACUGGAAUUGUGAUAUAGUCAAUUAAAAGUUAAACAAUCUGUCUGUAAACAAUUGUUGGAAAAAUUACUUGUGUCAUGCACAAAGUAGAUGUCCUAAACGACUUGCCAAAACUAUAGUUUGCUGAUAUGAAAUCUGUGGAGUGGUUAAAAAAAUUAGUUUUAAUUACUUCAACCUAAGUGUAUGUAAACUUCUGACUUCAACUGUAGUGAAUGCUAGUGUGCAUCUUUAAGUCACAUAAGUUUCAUUAUGUUAUAACUGGAACUUUUUUUAAAUUAAACAUUGUGGCAAGUUAUUAGUGUUAUCAAGACGCACCCAUUUGUAUACAUACAUUUCAUAUUUAGUAUGCCUAAUUGUUCUUGCAACACUUUGCUCAGCUAAAUAUUGUUGCCAAAGAUUGACCAUGUCUUUGUAAGCAUAAGAAUAUGAAUGUGCUGUGCCUAUUUUGAGGAAUGUCAUGCAUAAAUACUCUUGUUAAUUCUCCUAAAAACAUUGCCUAACCAAAGCCCUUGUAUGACAUUACAUUAAUGGGAAUUUUAAAGCCCAUAAAUGGAUAUUUCAAUUGAAGUAUGGUUUAAAAACAAAAAGUUUUCAUUUAAAUGAGAUACACUUUGUAACCUUGUAUCAUCUCACACCUCGACAUGGCAACGUCUGGGGGAAUAUUACUUGAUUUCCUUAUCCUUGCGAGAAACUGGACAUUUCUCUAGAAGGAAGAAGAAUGCUGCUUCAUUGACCAUUUACUGCCUUGAAAGUCUUGUUGUUUUUUGCCUACCAAAAAAGGAGCAAGAGUUAAUAAAUUGUAUUUGAGGGGCUUCCACAUUUGAUUAUAGGCUUAGAGUCCAAAAAGGAAUGAAUGUAUGUCUUGGUAUCAAAACUGCAGCUUGGCAAAAAAGCAAAUGUUCCCUUGUGCUUAUUUUUGUCAUUUUGUUUGCUUUAUGGUGCAUACAAUUAUAGUUUUAAUAGAAACAAAGUUUUUUUUUUUUUUUUUUUGUAUAAUACAUGGUAAAUAGCUUAGUGCCAGAGAUGUAAGGAAAUAUUUGGUCUAUUGAUAAUUUUCCUCCUUUUGGGGGAUUGAAAAUAUUGUUUGUAAAACAUGUACCAUUAAAGGUAAUAAUAUCUUAAUCUGGUUAUGUUUGUGUUCUUGUGUUACACUUUAAUACUGUUUUUUCUUGUUGCAUUUUUUUUUUUUUUUUUUUUUUCAGGUUAUUUCUGUUUUGAGAAAUGUGUAUUUGUGCAUGUGUGAGAAAGAGUGAGUGGACUUUUCUAUAACAUGGCCUACGAUCCCACACUCUCCUUUUCCUGAUUCAUUUCUACUUAAUAGACCUUAUUCACAGUAGUGCCAGCUUUGAUUUUUGACUGGAAUAAAAAUUAGUAUGUUAAAAACACAUACCUCUUCGAGAGCUGACAUCUUUGCAGAUAGGAUGGUUUGGUUAUUUUCCAGAUUAA